AUGUUGACACUCCGUCUCUUCUAUUGUGUGAAGAUUGCAACCUUUACCCAUCCUGCCUUCCUCUGGCUGAAGUGCAAAGUGCCUGGGUGGGUACCACGGAUGCUGUUCAGCUCUCUGGGACUCCCCGGCUUGAGCAGCUUUCUAUUUUUCAUAGGCGACUGAGAAAUCAAUGAUAACAACUGAAGGAGCAAGUGGCAGUCUUGGAGCAUCUCUGGGAAGAGCAUACGAAGCUCAUAUGARAAAUUCUACUUCAUCUCCUUAAAAACGGCUACUUGGACCAUCCUGACUGCUAUCUUUCUGGUUUUCCAUGGUUUGCUUCUGAYGUCCCUGGGAAGACACACGAGGAAGACCCUGUCGACCCUGUCAGGAUUUCAAGAUGUCUGAGCCCAGGCUCACAUCAAAGCUCUCCUUGCUCUCCUUUCCUUUGCCGUUCUCUUCAUCUCCUGCUUCCUGUCCCUGGUGCUCAGUUCGGCUGGUAGUUUUCCAUUUCAGGAACUGAGGGACUGGGGGGAAGAUCUCUUUCYCAGCAUGGACGAGUUCCUGGUGUCUGAGCUCUCCACAGAGCAUGGUGUCGCUUGUGCAUGGGUGUGGUGUGCGCUGUCUUGGAGGUGGAUGUUCUCAGACGACCUUCUAGGAUCCUUCUGA